AUGUCAGAUUCUACAACUUUAGAGAACGGUAACAACGCGUUGAAACGUAAGAAUGAGGAUUUGAAUAAUGAUGCUGAAGAGACGGAGAACAAUUCUGUUUCAAAUAACAAAAGAGUUGCUCUAGACAGCGAGCAAUUGGAGAAGGAGGAGGCUUCUAAUGCGGUGAUUGCUCCGAAAGUUGAAAUAUUUGGCAAAGACAAGCAGCUGGAUGAAGAGCAAAAGGAAGAGCAAAACGAGGCGAAUGAUGAGCAAAAGCAUGAAAAGGAAGAGCAUGAGGAUAAUGAGCAGCAUGCAGGUAAUGAGAAUGAGGAUGCUGAAUCAAAAGCCAAUGCCGAUGAGGAACCUGCAAAGGAAUACAACGAAGAGCCCAAGAAAGUACUGCAAGACGAUGUUGAAAAGUUUUUAGAAGAGGCCGCCCUUUUAACUAAGCUAAGCCAAGCACCACUGGAACCGCAAUCACAACCACAGCCACAACCACAGCCACAGUCUGAAGAACCUACCCAUACAUCCAAGCCCAUCUCAAGUCACAAAGAAAACGAGCUGGAUCCAUCUUUUGUAUCCUUUAGGAUGUAUUGCCCCGUCAAAGAAGCGAGCACCAUUGUGGGUAAACAGGGUGCUAAAAUCAACCACUUGAGAGAGAAGGCUAAUGUGAAAAUACAAAUAAGUGACAACUUGAAAGGAGUUCCAGAAAGAAUUAUAACAAUCAAGGGUACGGCGGAAAAUGUGGCAAAAGCGUUUGGCCUUGUUGUUAGAACAAUCUUGGGCGAGGACGAAGACACACCUGCAAAUAUGAACAGUCAACAAUACAACUUGAAGUUACUAGUUCCCAACGCCAUUAUUGGCUACGUAAUUGGCAAACAGGGAUUGAAAUUUAGAGAGAUUGAGGAAAAUUCGGCAGCAAAGUUGAAAGCUGCUGAACAAACAUUGCCAUUUUCGACAGACAGAGUUCUUAGCGUGUUGGGAGUCGCUGAUGCUAUCCAUAUUGCUGUCUAUUUCAUAGCUGAAGUGGUGAUUGAACACAAGGAUAUAUUAAAAAAGAGUAAAAUUGUUUUGUACAAUCCUGCAAAUCAUCAACACGAGGAGAAUCACUUUGGUGGACAGCAGCUGCAACAACAGUUGCAGCAGCCACGCUUUAAUAUGCAACAGCCAGGUUUACCCCCAAACCAAUUUGGUAGCCCAAUAGGAUAUCAAAAGCCGUUCCAGCCCGAUGGCCCUCAGCCACAGCAACCAUACAACUUUUCCAUGAUGUUCCAACCUUCAGUCCAGCCCCAACAGCAAUAUGGAAUGCCGCAGCAAAUGGCACCUCCACCUCUUUCUCAGGGUGUACCUCCUCAAAACCAAUAUACUGAUGAGUACAACAAUAAGAUGAUAGGGGAUGUGAUAAUAAAAGAACCGGUCCUUGCCGGUGACAAGUACAAUCAAGAUGUCUUUGUGGCCAAUUCACUGAUUGGAUCCGUUAUAGGUAAAGGAGGUAACAAUAUCAAGCACAUUAGGGAAAGCAGUGGGUGCUCAUAUGUUAAAAUCGAACCAGAUAGAGGACAAUCGAUUAUGUUGGGAGGAGGCAGAGGUUUAACCAAUAUUAGAAGGCUAACCUUGACUGGAUCAUUGGAAUCUUUUCAAAAGGCAAUUUAUUUGAUCAAUCAAAGGAUAAAUGCUGAUAGGGAGAGGAAUUCAAGAUGA